AUUGUGUAUUUUGCUGGGCUGUCUAACAGGAUUAUCUGAAAGUCCUUGACGGAAGCGCCACAUUACCUAGUGCUUGGGGCUUCUUCUGCUCUGUCUGACCAAUUUUUUUAGCUCAAGAUUUUCUUCUCAGUUAGGACAUGAAGAUGUCUAACUGGAGACGAUUUGUGCUUUUCCCGCUGCUGUUUCUUUGUGUCUUCAGAGAGGGCGUCUGCAUUUGUGAUGGGACCACCUGGACCAAGGUCGGAUGGGAGAUUUUUCCUGAUGAAGUGCGCUACCUGAAAGUUAAGGCUUCCUCAUCCCACUGCCUACCUUACCCUCUGGACAAACUCUGCUGCAACUUUGCUAACCUGGACCUCGUCCAGAGUUCUUUACGCCUCUUGUACAUCUUGGUACAAGCGCUCUUCUUAAUCCUGUUUGUUUUAUCUGCGCAUUACCUAUGGAUGAAAUGGACGAAACACCAAAGAAAGCUGAAAAAGCAAGCCUCUUUAGAGAAACACGGCGAUGACCUAGAGAGUGCAUCCAUCUAUGACAUUGAACAGAUCCUCUGCAGACUGCUGGCCACAACAUCAAUGAUGACCAAGUUCCUGAAGCAGGUGUCCCAACAUUCUUCCUUUAAGAAAGACAAGGAAACUAAAAUUCAGAGAUAUUCAGAAACUUGGCUCAAGGAACGAAGUCAGUAAAAUGAUGGAUGCAAGAUACCAACGCGGGCAGCCUGCCUCCUGAGCUCCUCCACAGCUGAAAGAUGGCAACCCCCUCAGCAGGCGUCAACUUCGGAACCCGCAGCCUAUUAUGAUUUUAAGGAAUUUUCGUCAGACUCUAAUUACCCUAGCUUUACUGUUAAUCUCCUAUCACUGUGUAUGCUUUGGUUUGCAAAUUAAUCUUUUGAAUUAAAGCUGAAAGUAUGACUUGCCAAA